CACAGUACAGAUCACAACCAGCUGAUCAUCUUUCCCUCAAACACCAGAUAUAACAUCAGUUAUAUGGAUAUUUGGCAUCCCUAAAAAGGCUUGGGAGAAGCAAAGGAGACAAAAUGCGAGCAAGGAAGGGGGCUGAGUUGUUCAUACUCAGUAUGGUUGUGGGAGUUAUUCAUACUGUCACGGUAGAAACACCUACCAAAAAGGUGGAAGUGGCAACAGGAAAAAAUGCCACCCUGCCCUGCACCUUCAAAAGCAAUAAGGACUUCCAAGCAGGAGACAUUACUUACUGGACAAAACAGUCUACAGAGGAAGAAGUUAUUAAUAAGUACUUUGAUAAUGGUCAAACAAAUGAAGGACUGGGUUACGAGGGUCGUGUGAGCUUUUCUGGCAAUAUAAACAAUGGCGACAUCAGCAUCAUCCUCAAUAAAGUGACUAUGGAUGACAAUGGAAUCUAUGAAUGUUCAGUCCGGUUACGCAGUGAUCCUCCCCGGGGACAUGCAACAGUGAAUCUUUUGGUCCUUGUGGCUCCAUCAAAGCCAGAUUGCAAAAUUGUAGGGACCACGGAGUAUGGACACACUAUUAACCUUACCUGCAAUUCUAAUGAAGGCUCUCCACAACCUCAAUAUUCCUGGCAAAGCUAUGAUGCACAACACCAGCAGCGGCAACUUGGGGGAACAGUAUCAGGGGGACUGUUGACGCUAAAGAAUGUUUCUGCAGAUACAUCUGGCUACUACAUCUGCCUUUCCAAAAACAACGUUGGAGAGGAAAAAUGCAACAUCACUGUUUCCAUUAUGCCACCAUCCAUGAACAUUGCCCUCUAUGCUGGAAUAAUUGGUGGGGUUGUUGCAGCAAUCAUCAUUAUUGGCGUCCUGGCUUAUUGUUGCUGCUGUAGAAAUAAAAAAGGCGAUGACUAUGAGAUGGAGAAAGAAAAUGGAUAUCAGCCACCACAAAAAGAAGCUGUACGAAUCCGGGGACCAGCUGAAGAAGAGAUUCCAGAAGAAGAGGAGGAAGAAGAGAAGGCAGUGGCAGUGGCGAUGAUAGAAAGAUGAAGAGGCAGGAAAUACAAGCCAAUAUCACCUUACUCAAGCCAUCUCUAGAGAUUUCAGACAUUCAGGGUUCCUUACUAAUUGGGACAGGGAAAAGGAACCCCAUUUUGAAAGUGUCCCUCUCUACCAGCUUGUUGAUUUCCAUGAUGUACACUUACACAGUAGGCUCAUGACAAGAAUCCCCACGGUGUCCUGGAAUGAAUUUAGCACAUGGCGAAGAAUACUGGUUACAAAGGCAUGCUGGCCCUCAGGCUCCUUUCUCAAUUGUCCAUCCAAGUCAUCUAUUUCAUUAACAAGGGAGAGGGUAUUCUACUGUGAAUAUUAUCUUGUUACUGUCACAUAUGCUCCAUACAGGUUUUCAUAUGCCUUGAUUCUUACGCAUUGCCCUUGUUUAGAAGUAAUGAACAUAGUUUAAUGCUACAUAAACAAGUCUAACAGUUCAUGCACUCUCUGGCAAAAGCAAUGCCAAGAUAUAGGGCAGAUAACCGUGCCCAAAUGUCUCAGGGUGGAAUUUGGAACAGGACAGCCUUGCAAGAACAUAAAAGAUUUGCAAGAGCAGGUCAAGGCCUAUUUAAUCCAGCAUUUAAUCCUGAUUUGCACAGUGACCAACAGGUACCUCUAGGAAGCCCAUGAGCAAGAGAUGAAUGCAUAUGCCCUCUUUCCACCAUGGAUUCCUUGCAACUGGUAGUAGCAUAUAGCCAUCAAGACUAGUGUCCUCAGAUGUUUAAAGCCAUCUGAGGUUGUCAUCUAGAAUACCCUGCUAGCCCCACAUGUCUGAAGUACAGGCACUCUUGUGCAAGAGUGCAACUGUUUUGAGUGCACUCUCCACAGUCUAGAAGCCCUCCUUAGAGACAUGUUUCCACUGUAAUAGGGUGCUUCAGGUAGAUACAGCCUAGAACAUCACCUCCUCUGUUUUGCCCCGUUCGUCUAAAUUCCACCCCGAGACAUUUGGGCACAAUUAUCUGCCCUAUAUCUUGCAUUGCUUUUGCCAGAGCUUGUGUUCCUUUUUGUUUCCCUCAUUAGGACAGGACUUGUUUUCUGAAGGAAGCCUUUUAUGGCUUUUAUCUAAGCCUCGCAGUCAUUCUUUGAGGUACAUGUUCUAGCUGAGCUUCAAUUAUUGCAGUUUAAAUGAUCACAUUCUGGAGAGAUUUGAUCCCCUUGACUUUCCCUUUCAAUUUCCUUCUUACCUUCUCAAAUACACUUUUGAGAAGUGAAUUUUGAAACCAAGAGUGUUUGUGAUAGAAAUCCAUGUCCGUUUCUCACUUUUCACUCUCUUCCUCUCAUGUGUGAGGGAAGAGAAGAAAGCUGAGAGUGUGAGAUCUUGGCUCUGUUCAGCUCACUCUCAUGGCACCGAGCCAUGGUUUAGUGUUAUGUCUGAACUGUCUUGAGAAGCAAAGACCAUUCAUGCAAGUUAACAGAUAUAUUACUUUCACUCUAAUUACAAGAACAGGUUCCUUUGGAACACACAACUCUGGGAUGUCUUCCAUUCACUAAGUGGGCCAUUGGGAUGUGAUAAAAUAUGAAACAAAUGGCCUUUUAGAUUACCAAUUUGUAGCACAAUGUGCACUAGUUUCUCAUUUGGGGGGAGGUAUCUGUGGGUGGGUCCUGAUACAAUCCCUAAAAGCUGUGCCCCCCACUGACAUUUUACUUUCACUUAAAAUCAUAUUGGUAGCAAGAUGCUUUUCAGUCCUCUAUUAGUGCAUCCAUUGCUAUAUGGAAUAUUGCAAGUGUCAUGAGCACCUAUGACACAUGCAAUAUGCCCUAUCUAUGUAUCAUUUUAACAACUUUUAAAUAGCUCUAUACUUUUCUUGUAAGCUGUCAUGAGCACACAUACACCUUUUAGCCUACCAUUCUUAAGUAAGCUUAUGAGAUAACCCAGCUUUCUGUCUGUGUCCGUGUGUCUCCCUAUCAACUUUACAAUGCCAGGACCAAUUUGAAACAAAUUUGGUACAGUUGUAGGAACACCUCAAUAGCACAGUUUGCAAUGGUGUCAUCCACUGUAAUUCAAGAUGGUGAAGUGUGAAUUUUUGAAGUACAAGUAGGCUAACUAGUAAAGAUAAUUGUAGAUUAAGAUUAUAGUGAAAGCAGAGUAAACAGAUUUCUUACAAGAACUUUUUUUAAAAGAUGAGUACAAGCAUAAGAGUACUGUUUUUGUCACUGCUGCCCAUUCCAUUUCAGAAAUCUCAACUUUCAAGUUGUUUAUUUACUUGCUCUUGGCACUGCAUCAGUGCUAACAUAUUUUUUUAAAAAUCAUCUGAAAAGAGUCCUAACUGCAGUUUGUUGAAAAGCCUUCAAUGCAUGGGUUAUUAAUGUUUUUUUCUUUGUAAUUUGCAUUACUUUGAUUAUGGUUUUUAAUUAAAGAGAUAUACUGCAAAGCUGUUAUUGUUGGACAUAACUGAAAUCAAACUAAGACUUUCCCAUACUUGCACCCUGACCCACAUAACAUGCAUG